AUGGUUUGCUUCCGCUGCACGGGAGCAGCGCUGCAGCGCCAUCAAGCGCACCUGCGACGGGAGCGCACCAGCACCCUUCAGGCCAUGCAGAUCCAUGAGACCGUGAGCCCUGCCAGGUGGUGUGUGAACUUUGCAGACCUGCAGUUCUUGGAGCUGGAAGUCAGACAGGCAAUUAAAGACGGUGAGAUGUGCGCUUGUGACUUUGCCUCAAGCCAAGAAGAAUGUGGACGGGAUGCUGAAUUGUAUGGGCCCAGUAUCUACAUCGUGAAUGAUUUGUACAUCAAACCCAUCACAGCGGCGGCUGGCAAGAUGAGUUGGGCCUUGAUGAUGAACCCCAAGGGCCUAGAUGCUGAUCUCUUCAUCACUCAUGCCUGGCAGGAAGGGGUCUUCGAGUUUAUCGAGAAAGUUCUGGCCUCAUGGCCGCCGCGCGCCCGUCACGCCUGGUGCUGCAUGUUAGCAAACCCUCAGAACUUGGACAUCGGAGCGAUGAUCCAAUCGCCGAAAGUUUCUCCUUUUGCCAUCGCUCUCCAGCAAUCAAAGUAUAUGCUGGUUGUGCCCAAUCGACACACCAGCGUCUACACGAGGCUUUGGUGCGGAUAUGAAGCGUAUUUGGCCUUCGAAGGCAAAAAGAUCAUCCGCACAGCCAGACGGUCAAUCUUGCGGCCAGUGGCAGUUGCAUGGAUGCUUAUGGUCCCAGCGAUGCUGCUGGGCAUUGCCUGUGGGUGCCUACUCGCACGACCGGACUUGGACAUGAACAUCUACUUGGCCAUUGUGGCCUUCCUGGCAAGUCUCGUCACUGAAAUUUUUGACGGUCGCUGUUGUUUGAUCGCGAAUCAUUUGGGCGUUUUCACCUCCGUCUGGCUCGUGAUUGCCUGGCAGCCGCCGGACGCCUGGAUCCAGUUGCAAGGCUUCGUCCUUCGCGAAGCGACCAUGGUGCAACGACUCCUAUGGCUCACGGCCACCAUGUUCUUUGCCAUCGCCGAGAUCGAUCGGAUCACCUUCGUGGCGAGGGACAUCGAAGGAAAAGAGCUGCGUCGAAAUUUUCAGGGUUCCUUGCGGUUUGCCUCCUGUUCCCAAUUGCGUGAUGAGGAGCACAUACGCCUGGAGAUUGGGGACAAAGUGGCCCAAGUGGACCAAAUCAUUCAGGUCCUCAUCGCUGCUGGCAUGACCUCUCCCGCCCUGCGCGACGCUGCCUUGCAGGGAGUCAACAUCGACCACGCAGGGGACGCUGCAGUUGCGAUCCCUGUCCUUUUUCUCGGACCUCAGCUACUUUGCGGCCUGUUUCAACUGGGAAUAAAGAUCUCCUGGGCUGCGAAAUCAGACGCAGCGACAGUGUGUUUCCAAGCCGCGUCCAUUGCUGCACGAAUCUGCUUUGUGAUUCUCCUUUGCAGACGGCCCAUCGAUGAGAGAUAUUUCAUGAUGAAGGUCAUGACCAAAUUGGUCAUUUGA